AUGUCUGCUUGUGAGCAAAAUCGUAAUGACAUGAAAACAAACGAUGUCGUUACGCCUAUUAACCCAAGGAGGGCACCGAAGUCUCGUAAUGGAUGCUUGCGGUGUAAAUCAAAGCGAUUAAAGUGCGAUGAAAGGAAGCCCGAAUGUGCUCAGUGUAAUAAGAAGAGCUUACCAUGUCCGGGUUAUAAGACUAAGACGCUUGUUUGGUCGACUAAGCAUGAGAAGUUGUUGUCUUCGAAGUCGGCUGUAAACAGCCCACCGGAGUCAUUAUUCCAGUCUACGGGGGACUUCCAGAGUCGUGAUGCUGCUGGAGAAGUAACUCGAAACAUAUUUAAUCAUAGGCAAGAUGGCAUUGAGGAAGUUUCGCUCCAAAAUGCAGCUUACGUUCCUGAGGGAGAAAGUCUGGUAAUACCUCAGCCAUCUCAAUGUCGAGAAUCCGAGGCCAUAACCGACAGCCUCUCAGCUAUCAAGCAACAACUUCAUCGCUCGACGGUUCCAGAGUUUCUUCACCACCUUCCCACGAUGCUGGUAGAGUACUAUUUCAGCUAUGUCUGUCGAAUCUUCUCAUCUUUCGAUGGCACUCUAAAUCCUUUCCGGUCUACCGUAGGGAGAUUAUGGGACGGCUCUGCUCCUAUAUAUUAUGCUAUACAGAGUAUGGCUGCCGCGUAUUUGAGUAAUCACUUCCCAAGGAUGAAUCAAGUUGGGUUACAAAUGCAGCGAGAGACUUAUCGAUGUCUUUACCAGAAUCAACAGGGGCUGAAAGAUCAGGAUGAAAAUUUGGAUAAGACGCUUUUGACUGUGUUGCUUGUGGGACAGACUACGGCAUGGCAUGAUACGAAAGAUCUCGGGGUAGUACAUCUUAAGACAGCAAAAAGGAUAAACAGGAGGCGGAUUGAACAGCAAAAUGGACUAGUGGGCGUGAGAGAGCGACGUCAAAAUGCUUUCUUCGAGCAGUGUAUUUUGUAUUGGGAAAUGCUGGUUGGAUUUGUCAAGGACGAUGUCGAUGAUUUUGGAAGUCCAGAACUCGACUCACUCGAAAGUACCCCUUCACUAGGACGUCCAAGUCCCUCAACCCCGGAAGGACAGAAAGAACUGAUCUUCCCUCAUCCAUGGACAGGCGUCGCACCCACCGCCCAAGACUUCCUCGCACAAGUCGGCCGCCUAAUCCGCUCCCACCGCAGAACUCAAGCCGAGGAUCUCAUGAACCUCGACUUCCUCGCCCUCGACCUCACGCUCCCCUUAGAUCUACCCUCCACAUCCCCCUUCCUCGCCCAAGCCAACACCCUCGAAGAAAAACUCCUCGCGUUCGAACCACCCACCCCCUCCCAAAUCGUUGACGCAGGCGACCUCGCCACCCCAGUCCACCAAUACAUCGCCCUAGCAGAAUCAUACCGCUGCGCUGCGCUCCUGCAAAUCUACCGCGUCUUCCCCUCCCUCUUAAACCUGCGCAUUCCAUCGCCUUACCCAUUCCUCCCCACCACGUCUUCACCACAAGAUUUCCUCCUCUCGCUCGCCCUCCACACUAUUUUCCUACUUGAAUCUAUACCCCUGAAUUCAGGGACACGCUGUCUACAACCGCUUAUCCUCAUUAUCGCCGCGUCCGAACUAAUCUUCCCGGAUCCGCUGGCUGGUUCGUCGAUCACGAGUCGUGAGAUUGAGGUUGCGAGCGCGCGACGGUUCGUGGUGGGGAGGUUUCAGGAGUGGUGUACGUGUAUGCCUGCGAAGCCGCUGAGGAGGGCGUUGGUUAUUGUGGAGGAGACGUGGAGGAGAUGUGAUGGGGGGGAGGAGGUGUUUUGGAUGGAUGUUAUGGGGGAUUUGGGGGGUGGGACAAUUUUUGGGUAG